GAAUGUAUCCCGUUGUCAUUGCCAAUGGUCGUAGCCUACAAUCGGAUGCCAUUAUCAAUGGCUAUCAUAUACCAAAGGGUACAAAUGUCAUAUUUCCCCAUUUGGUUGUGUCAAAUGAUCCAGCAUAUUUUCCAGAACCGAAAGCAUUUCAACCGGAACGUUGGCUUAAACAGAAUGAAACAACAGCAAAUCAACAGAGUAAAUGUCCACAUCAUGAUGGCCACAAAAUACAUCCCUUUGUUAGUUUACCAUUUGGUUAUGGGCGUCGCAUGUGUGUCGGACGACGUUUUGCGGAAAUCGAAUUACAUACUCUGUUGGCAAAGAUCUUCCGCAAAUACAAAGUCGAAUACAAUCAUGGCGAACUGGAGUAUAAAGUCAACUCAACCUAUAUUCCCGAAUCACCGUUGAAUUUUAAAUUAACUGUCAGAGAUGAGUAA